UUCAUCUUUUUGACAACAAACAAAAUGUCCUUGAGAAAGCGUGUGAUUUCUAACAGUUCCACUUCAAAUAAGCCUCCAACAAAAAGGAAAAAGAUAGAGCAAGCAUCAUUGAGUACAGAAAAUCCCAAAAUUCAGUCAUCAAAAUCGAAAGCUUUGUGUAUCACAAAGGCAAAGAAGACAAAGAACAACAAGAUAGCUGCAGACUGUGAACUUAAAACACCAAAUAAACACCCCAAAGUACCCAAACAGCAAGAGAUUAAAAGAGACAAACAUGGAAAGAUUAUAUUCGCUGACUAUCCAGAUUUCAAACCCAAUCUUACUCCAAAAGAAGUUCUUCAAGCUGGAAGUUUUGGUGGGACAUAUUUUCGUCCAAUCAAAUCGAGCAUUACAGGGGAGAAAUAUGCUGCAGUCUGGAAAGAAUUUCCUUCUGACUGGUUUGAUGGCCUUUCAAUCCCUCGGCAAGUAGUUUCAAGUGUCUAUCACACAGAUGUGAAUACCUAUAAAGUCAAGUGUGGCGGCAGCCUUGAGAUGUGGGAGAGUAGUGGAUGGAUUGUAAAACAAGACCCUUAUGGUUGGUUUCAAUGGUACUGUAGAUUUUUCCUUGGACGACGCAGUGAUGAUGACAGCCGUCAAGUUGGUCGUUGGCUCAGAUGUGCUGGAGAUAAAGGUCGCUGGCGUAAUAAUCUCAUAACGAAGGUCGUACGAAGUGGGUGUGGUUAUGAUAACGCAGGCGUGUCACCUGUUGUGCGGCAAACAUUGCAACAUUGGGCUUACAGACUGACUAAAGAAGAUUAUGAUAAAUAUGCUAAGAAAGUUAAACCAAAAUAACAGAUUUGCUGAGUUUUAUUUUAUUUAUUUUUAUAUUAUUAAUAAUUUUGGAAUAUGGUGAAAAGUAUGGGGUGUGCACCACGUACUAGUAAAGAGCAACCUGCAAAAAGAAAAUAGAAACAGGAAAUAGAAAAUAAAGAUCAAGUAACUGAGUAGAGAAAAAAGGUCAAAAAAGGGAAACAAAAAGUGGGUGUGGUAAAACAAAGUGCAAAAAUAUUUCUAUGAUAAUUCACAAUGACUUUAUUAAUAGAAUACGUUCUGUCUAGCUUCAAAAACAUGAACGUAGGUAGAUAAACACAUGUACAUGAGGCUUUUGCUACUCACAGCUUGACAUCUGCGAACAUGUGUGAUGAAGUACAAAGAAAGAUCGCAAAAGAAAUUCUUUUAGAACCAUGAUAACUUUAAAUUUGAUGUUAAUGAAAACGAAAGAACCAAAUAAUGUAAUUGAUAUCACUUUUUUUUUCACUUUUCCCUUAAUAAAGCAAGCUGCAAGCCUA